AUGCAUAUCCUCUGGUCUGCGCUGGCGUUGAGCGCAACUGCUUUAGCCCAAGUAACGGGAUCCAGGCCCAUCAAGUUUAAUUCCAAGGGUAAUCCAAUCCUCUCGGAUGGCUCGUGGUACUCGGCCGACCCUGCACCGUUGGUGGUCAACAACACACUCUAUAUCCUGACCGGACGGGACAGUGCUGCUCCAGAUGAAAACAACUUUAUCAUGAAGCAGUGGGGAAUGUUCGUCUCUUCGACACCCAACCCUGCUGGGUCCGAAUGGAUGCUGUACCCGAAAGUCGCAGAACCGCACGAGGUGUUCGCCUGGGCUGCUCCCGGGACCUCAUACGCAGCACAAGUCGUUCAAGGCCGCGAUGGUCGAUUCUAUCUCUACGCUCCGGUGACACAGGCCAAUAGCAAGAAUGAAGACCCGUUUGCUAUUGGGGUGGCUGUGUCGGACUCUCCUACCGGGCCCUAUGUCGACGCUCACCCGUCUGGCCCGAUCAUCUCGCAGUCAGUGCCUCCGCCGGGCAAUGCCAUCCAGAAUAUCGAUCCCACUGUGCUCGUGGACGACAACGGCAAGGUCUACAUCUACUUUGGCACCUUUGGCGCAUUACGCGCAUACGAGCUUGACGCGGACAUGGUCACUGUGCGGUCGCCCGUCACUCAGGUUAACGGACUGACGGGGUUUUUCGAGGCCCCGUGGCUGAUGAAGCGUAAGGGCGUCUACUAUCUGCUGUUCGCAGCCAACAACGCAGGCCCGGACUCGCCUUGCACGCCAACAUCGUACCACGCCUGUAUCGCCUAUGCGACGGCUUCUUCCCCCUUGGGUCCGUGGAAAUUCCGGGAUGUCAUUCUACCCAUCGUCUCUUCGACAACCUCCCACCCGGGAGCGAUCGAGCGCAAUGGUGAAUGGUUCCUGGUCUACCACACGGCGGACGCUAAGGGAGGCGGCCAUUUCCGUCGCAGUAUCGCACUCGACAAGCUCAACUGGGACGAUAAUCAGUCGCCACCAGCAAUCCGCAAGGUCGUUAAGACCAUUGGAUCCAAGCCACCGGCUCCUCCAACAUACAAUGUCGCGCCCAACGCUGCCGUCAAUGAUGGAAUUGUUCGGGCCAACCCGCUGCCCCCGGAUUACUGGAGCUCCUAUGAAGCGGAAAAGUCCCGAGAGACCAGCGUGCUUACCUAUGUGUGGAAAGAACCAGUGGAGCUCAACGGCACGUCGAUGGUUUUCUUCGCCGACCAAGACGCUGGGGCUAACGUGGGAGUUGCGCCCCCAAAGAGAUGGUUUGUGGAAUAUCUGGAUCAGUCGUCUAACUGGAUGCCUGUUGUCAACACCACUCCCUAUCCUCUGGAGGUGACCGAUACUCCGAAGGUGGUGAAAUUCCAAACCAUCCGCACCACCUCCAUCCGUGCCACCCUGAUCGCAUCCGGCUCGGGCGGACAGUUUGCCGGUGUUGGCGUGAAGGAAUGGGAAGCUUUGACGACAGAGCUGCAGAAAACCUGA